UCUGUCUCAUUCACCACGUCAACACAAACCCUAGAAAAUCCAAAAAAAAAAAAAAAACCCUCAAAUGCCAAAGAGGAAGAAACCUGGUCCCAGGCCCCGCCAUCGCCGAUCCCAAAACAUGGCUCAUUCAUCCCCUCUCCAAACCCUAGAAGAAGAAGAAGAAGCAAGCGAUCAGCAUCAAACCCUGGAAGAAGCAGCAACCGAUCAACCCCAUACCCUAGAAGAAGAAGAAGCAACCGAUCAAGCGGAAACCCUAGAGGAAACAGCAACCGAUCAACUUCAAACCCUAGAAGAAGCUUAUCAAGAAGAAGGAUCAGCUGCUGAAUCCAUCAAAGAAGUCGAGGAAGGAGAACAAGAAUCAAAUGAAUUAGGCGAAGAGAUCAAGGAACAGGAGAAAUUUGAGGAAGAAGAGCAGGAAGUGCCUCAUCCUGGAAUCUCCGUCCCUGAUCCUCGCCGACGAAGCAGAAGGAAGCCAAUAACGGAAGCGCAGCGUGCGUUCGCUCAGCAAAAGCUCGCUCUUUUGCAAGAGAAUUUCACGCCUGCUCCCUUCAAGCCGAGAAAGACCGUAGAUUUUGCCGCCCAUGAAGAGCUCUUUCGUGCUCUGAAUCUAUGGGAGUUUGUUAACCUUGAUUUUGACACUGACAUCCGAACUGAUCUGUUGAUUUUGUUGAUCGCCAAUUACGACCGGUCCCAGCACCGGAGCUUUGUGGGUAAUGUUGAGAUCUCGGUUUCAAGAUUGGAUCUUGCUUGCUCUCUGAAACUCCCUCUUGAAGUGAGAGAAGUCCACGAGGAUAUUUUUGCAAACGAAGCCUCAAAAGAGGUAAUUGAACAAUUUUUGUCAAAUUAUAUUCUUUUGGAGGAUGAGGAUGAGGACGAUAUGUGCAUUUUGCCGGAGGAGCUUGUGGCUGUGAACCAGUUGGUGAAGGCUGGGCAUGCGAACAAGGUUGAUUGGGCUGAGUUAAUGUGGGCCUUGGUUGAGAAGGAACUUUUGGAGGCUCCGAGAUUGAGUUAUCAUUAUGCUUCACACCUUCAGUGUUUGAUGAAAUUCCAGAAGUCUGGGUUGUUUGAGAAAGAAGAAGGGAUGGGGGCAGUACCUGUUCCUGAACCGGAUUCUUCAUUAGAAGUUUCAGAUUCGAUGGAUGAGGAUGAUGUAGGUGAUGAAGAAGUCGGGGGCGGAAGCAAGAUGAGGACAUUGGACGAGUUUGGGGAUGCAGGCUUGAGAUUGGAGAUAGGUGAAAAUGGGGAUUUGAUGAAUGGUAUUGAGGAUUUUAAGGGAACCGAAGAGGGGGGUCCGCCUGAUGGUUGUAAAGAUGAGGGUUUUCAGCAUUGCUUGCGGAGAUGCAGCUCGAAUGAAGCUAGGAGCAUGGAGUUUGAGAAUCUUUGUAAGGUGGAGCAGAUAGAGAGGGAGGAUGAGUUUCCAAAUUUGGAGAGGUUAACAUCGACUGACCUUCUACAUACAAUGGAUCCAAGGAUGAAUCCUCUUGAACAAAGUACUGGAGAUUUUGUGUCAAUGGGCGUAGAUGGGAAUAGGAACGCUUCAGUUGAUAUCGGUCCGAGUGAUUCUCUCUUCUAUGAGAAUAAUGGCAAGAGGCAUAUUGACAAUGUUGAUGUCGAUGAGGAUGAAUGCGGUGGGUUCCGCCAAGAUAAUCAGCAGAAGAGGAUGAGGUGUGGUGAGCUUUGGGAGGAACGAGCACCGUCAGGCUUUGAUUCGUACAUGGAACAAAUACAAUGUACAAUGAGAAAGGCUAGGAUGCUAUAUGUCGAAAAAGAACAGGCUUGUCUGGAUGGCCAUUUACAUCUCCAAUACUUGAAUGAGAUAAUUGAGCAAAAGGAUCAGAUCAUUCAUUCAUUGGAGAAGACACAAGUGGAAGAACAUCAGAGGUGGCAACAUACUGUUCAGGAAUUUGAGCGCGAACUCAACAGCGUGGCUGGUCUAGUUGUUGGUUAUAAACAAGCUUUGAAGGAAACACAGAAAAAUUUUGAGGAAUAUAGAAAGAAGUGUCCACAGGGUGAUGUGACUCUCUAUAGGGAUGUUCCCGGCUCUGGUGGUUUAGUCCUUACUUCUAGAGAGCUGGAAAAGCUGCGGGUGGAGAAAGAGGAAGAGAUGCGACAAAUUGCAGAGGAGAUGAUCAGUGCUUUUAAUUGUGAGUGGCUUGUAAAAUUUGAAGACUACAAAGAUGCGGUCAUGGUGUUGCAUAGGAGGCUAGUGGAGCUCGAGGGGAAUAUAGAACUUAUGAAGGAAACCUUUGCUGAAAGGAAAGGGGUUGAAUCUCUGAUGGCUUGUUCUAGGAGCCCUGCGCCAGUCAACAGCAGUUGAGCUCAAGAAUAUGGAGCCUUUAUUGUAAAUAAAUGUUAAAUUCGGCUCCUGAUAGCACCACAUGGUUUACUUUGUUUUCUGCUUCUUGUUUAUUGUUCCUGUGUGGGAGCUUUUGACAUUUUUUUGGGUAAUAUUUAUUUAGCAGUGAAGGUGGUGGUUAGUUAACCCAUGUUUUCAUGAAGCCGGGGAAAGAAAAAAAAAAACACUUUUCCGGACCAGUAGAAGUAAACUGAGUGCGGUAUCUGUUGAGGCGAGCAUCUGUGUCAAAUAGAACUUUAUUUGCCUCUUUUGAGAGUCGCCUCCUGUUCGAUCAUAUAUUGAUUUGCACGUGUUUUUGUUGCUGGAAAUUAAUAUGAAAUUGGUUGUUUGGAAA